AUGGCACUGGCAAGGGCAGCACUCGCGGCACUGAUGGUCAUGCUCGUCUCAGUACUCCAUGGCUGCGGGUGCGACACGAGCGCGGUCACUUCCUGCACCGCUGGAAGCGGCUGCGAUGCGCUCACCACCUAUAUGACAUGCGUCAAGGAUGCCGGUUGUUGCGACUAUGAGCAGGGCGGCGCGAAGAUCUCGGAUGGCUUUGCAGCCCUUGAAACUGCUGCCAAUGCAAUUGCGCAACUCAGCGGAAGCACCUGCUCUGCCCUGGCUGGUGCUUCCUCGGACCCCUCCAAAGGAGUGUCCUCGGCGUCCACUUCGUCCCAGGCGGAGGUUGCUGCUGCAGCAGAUCAUUCAGUCGAGGUUGGCCACAUCGGCAAUGUGGCCACAUUCCCCAGCGAAGCCUCCGGGACGUCGGUGGAUGGUCCAGCGACUAUGCGCCGCCGUGAGAAGCGGUCCCGGAUCAGUGCCGUGCCAGAGCAGGCGGGACAGUCGACGGAGCUCAGCGCAGCCCUCAAAACACCGGUGCUGGGAAGGCGGGCGAGCCAGACUGUCAAGCCCGAGAUGUUGGACCCCCAGCUCGAGGAGUUCCUCACGAAGGCUUUCCAGAAGCACUUCCUCUUGAAGUCAGUGCCGGAGGUCGAGUGUAAGGCCUUGAGUCUCUCGAUGAAGGUGAAGCAUGCCGUCCCUGAGGAGGUCGUCGUGAGACAAGGCGAAAUCGUCGAGUCUGUGUACUUCAUCAGGUACGGGAGCUUCCAGAUGAUGCAGGACAAUGCCUGCCUGAGCAACGUCUUGGGGCCCGGGGACUCCUUCGGGGAGCUGGCGCUGCUCUACAGCAUCCCUUCCUCUACCACCAUCGUUGCCACAGAGAAUGGUGAACUCUGGAAGAUGGAGCGUCAGAGGUUCCUGGAGUGCAAGGAGCAGCUGAGCUCUUCUCAAAUAGAGAAGGCGAUGGAGUUUUUCCAGGCCUGCCAGGACUUCCGGUAUCUGAAGGAGGACGACCAGAAGUCCCUGGCGGCAGUCUGUACCUCGAAAACUUUCGAGGAUGGCUCCAUCGUCUUGCAAGAUGAGGAGGUAGGCGAAUGCAUGCUGAUCGUCAUCAGUGGCCAAGUGGCUCCUGCUGAAUCGACCGCUGAUGCAUUUGACAGGGUGUCGUACGGCAAGCCCGGAUCUGUCAUUGGAAGCGUGGGGGUCCUUUACAACAAGCAGCAGGCGAAAUCAUUCGCGAAGGGACCUGUGGAAUGUCUCUGCUUGAACAAGGCAGCACUAAGUGGCUUCAGCCCUUCAGUGCUAGAUGUGCUGCGACGAGCGGCGUUCAAGGCAAUUCUCCACAGUCUCCCGCGAAACCCGUUGGAUCCGGAGCCGUGGCGCAUUCUCUCCGAGCAGCAAGUGAACCUCCUCAUCUCUCGAACCGAGGACGGCACCUUUGAGCCCGGCGAGAUCAUCUUCGCGCCCCAGGACGGAGCGCAGUUGAUUGUCGUGAUCUCCGGGCAGGUUGCGAUCAUGAAGGGCCUGGCGAAGACGCGUGAGGAGGACGAGCUGGUCUUUGCUGCCGAGGAUGUUGACAUCCUGCAGCAGUCCGACAAGGUAAUCGAAGCUGGCCAUUGCUACGGGAAGCAGCCGGAGUUCUUGGAGGGCGUUUCCAUGUCGACCUUUGGCAUCGCCGUCGGGAAGGUGCGUCUCCACCGGAUUCUCCACAGCAACGUCCAGGAGCUUUUGGGGGACUCCUUGAUGGAGGUCAUGCGCUGUGCAGAGAUCAAGCGCGUGCUUUCGGACAUCUUCCUCUUCAAGAACUUGAACGAGGAGCAGAUUGAUCGCACCGUCCGAGAGCUGGAGCAGCAGAUCUUCGCAGCGGGGGAGAUCAUCGUCCAGCAAGACGACCCUGCGAGGCAUUUCUAUCUCAUCCAACGAGGGACGGUCGUGGUGCGGAAGGACGGCAAAGUCCUGCGGACCCUGGGAAGGUGGGAUUACUUCGGGGAGCGUGGAUUGCUCCUCCAAGAGAGGCGGUCGGCCACCUGCCAGGCACUGGAUGAGUGCAUCUGCCUGGUCUUGGAUGCCGAUGAGUUCUUCCAGAUCGUUGGCCACUUCAAAGACGAGCUCGAGCGCCGCAUGCAGCUGCAGGACUUGAACUUGUCGAUCUCUGAUCUCCAGUGCACCGCCGUUGUGGGCCGGGGCACCUUUGGCGUUGUCCGCCUCGUGACGCCCAAGGGGAAGAAGGAUGCCCCAGAGUACGCGCUGAAGUGCGUGAAGAAAGCUCAGGUAGUAAAAGGCCACCAGCAGAAAGCCAUCAUCAUGGAACGCGAGGUGAAUGCCCAGUGCUAUCACCCGUGCAUCGUGCAGUUCAUCAAGACGUUCCAGGACAAGUACAACGUCUAUUUCCUCACGGAGUUCCUUGGCGGUGGCGACCUGUUCUAUGCCAUCCGAGCGAUUGGCGCCUUGACCAAGCUCCAGUCCCAGUUCUUCACUGGCUCAAUUGCUUUAGGAAUCGAGUACCUCCAUGGUCGCGGCAUCAUGUACAGGGACCUGAAGCCCGAGAAUGUUUUGCUGGACUUCGCAGGGCGGGCCAAGCUGGUCGACUUCGGCUGCUGCAAGAAGGAGAUCCGCGCAAACACGCUGGUCGGAACUCCCGAGUACUUGGCACCUGAGGUGAUCAAAGGCAAGGGCUAUGCCAAGUCCAUUGACUGGUGGUCGCUGGGAGUCAUGCUUUACGAGUUCGUGGUUGGCCCCAUUCCCUUCGGAGCAGGUGAGGAGGACCAGAUGCGGCUCUUCGCGGCGAUCAGCGAGGCCCCUCUGACCUUCCCCAGCUACGUCGCCGAAGACGCCAUGCAGGUGCUCAGCGGGCUACUGGAGCGGCGGCCGGAGAGGCGCCUGGGCAGCUCCGGGGCGAAGGAGAUCAAGAAACAUCUGUGGUUCAAGGGGUUUGACUGGGAUGCGCUGGCUGGGGGCUUCUUUCCCCCUCCGUGGCAGCCGGAUGCGCAGGCGCAGAUGAGGAACUGGGAGGAGCCCGAUGGUGACCUGAUGGAUCACGUAAGCACGGAAAGCUUCUCGUUCGCCAAGGGAAUGGAAUGGGCGAAGCUCUUCUGA